AGCAUGCAAGCUUUGGGAACUCAAUAAUUUUAAUUUUCUCUUUCGGUGAGUGUCAUAUGCUUAGUAAUUUGUAAUUGAACGAGAUCCUCGCUCCUUUGUAGAAGUGGACAAGCAUUACAACAUAAACAUAGGCAACAAAGAACACCUUGUCCCUAAUUUUUCUCAAUAUUAUUUCUUCUAAAUUCCUCAUUCAUCCCAUUCUACCACACAAUUGCUUGAUGCAUCUUUCCAGUAGUUCAGAACCAAGACCAAGACAACAUGGUACUCAAAGUGCUGGUCUUGUGGAUUGAUGAUUAGCAAUUUCACUGCUUGAAGAAGCAGCUUUGAUAGUUAGUUUAGUAGUUUCUAUGGUUUGGGAACUCAAAAAGCCUUUGAUGCUUCAAGUUUUAGUGUAGAGCUUAUUAGCUUUGUUUAAAUGAAAGCCAUGACUUGGGAUAAUCCAAAGAGUUCUCCCAAUGAGUCUCCAAGUCCAAGACCUCUUUCUUGGAUUGUGGUUUUCUUGGGAGUACUUGCAUUGUUCUUGAUUUGUGCUUCUGGAAUUCUUGCCUCAUACCCAGUUGGCUCCACGGUUCGCCAGUAUUUCUACGGCAUAGAUCGUUCGAGAUUUUAUGAUAUAUCAGUUUUUCCAGUUCAUGAAAGUUCCACUGAUGUUUCCUCCAAUGGAAGUUUAGAUCUGGUAGAUAAUGAACCAUCCUCAAGUGAUAGGAAGGUAGCGAAAACUGCUACCGAAUUAAAUUCACAAGAACUCUCUAGUGAAUCUGCUUCAUCAGAAUAUACAGAAACCAGUACUGAUAAGGUUGAUAGCAACCUGCAUGCUCAAUCUGAUUUAACUUCGAAUUCGCCUUUGCCAGUGGCUGGUACUAUUUCUUCCAAUGUGACUGUUAAUGUUACAAUUGAGGCACCUACAUCCGCGGCGUUGAUGAAUGAUCCCGGCACAUUAAUCACCACAUCAAAUGAUACCUCUAAGUCUCAUCCAGACUCAGUAUCAACAGCAGUUCCAGCCUCAUCUAAUGAAUCCUAUUCUGGUUCUGUUAAUUCAGGCUGUAAUCUAUUCCAUGGAACAUGGUUACAUGAUUCGUUGGGACCGUUAUACAGGAACGAUUCGUGCCCAGUAUUGACACAAAUGCAGAAUUGCCAGGGUAAUGGGAGGCCUGAUAAGGAUUAUGAGAACUGGCGAUGGAAGCCCUUUCAAUGUGACAUCCCUCGUCUCGAUCCUAGGAAAUUUUUGGAGGUGAUGAGAGGCAAGACAUUGGCUUUCAUUGGGGAUUCAGUUGCUCGAAACCAGAUGGAAUCAAUGAUGUGUAUUCUCUGGCAGGUAGAAACACCCAAGAACAAUGGAAACCGUAACAUGCAGAGAUUUUAUUUUAAGUCCACAUCUGUCACUAUUAUCCGAAUAUGGUCCUCAUGGCUAGUCAAGCACAGUUCUGAACCAUUUGAUUAUGCACCGGAAGGUGUGGAUAAGCUCUUUCUCGAUAUCCCUGACGAGAAGGUCAUGGAAUUUCUCCCAAAAUUUGAUGUGGUUGUUCUUUCCUCCGGCCACUGGUUUGCCAAACAGUCAGUGUAUGUCUUGAACAAUGAGAUAGUAGGAGGGCAAUUGUGGUGGCCGGACAAAUCUCGGCCGAUGAAGAUCAACAAUGUUGAAGCAUUUGGUAUAUCUGUUGAAACAAUGUUUACUGCUCUUGCAAUGCAUCCAAAUUUCACAGGGCUUGCAAUUCUUCGUUCCUAUUCGCCCGAUCAUUACGAGGGUGGCGCUUGGAAUACCGGCGGAUCAUGCACCGGGAAGGUUAAGCCUCUUGGACUUGGUGAGUUGGUGGAAAAUGGCCAUACAAAUGCAAUGUAUGAGCAGCAGGUUAAAGGUUUCAAUCAUGCAUCAAAGAAGGCAACAAAUGGAUCAAAGUUGUUGUUCAUGGAUAUCACUGAAGCCUUUAGUUACCGGCAUGAUGGCCAUCCUGGUCCCUUCAGGAAUAAAGACCCCAAUAAGAUCACGGUGCGCGGCCCGGACGGAAAGCCGCCGCCACAGGAUUGCUUACAUUGGUGCAUGCCAGGUCCUGUAGAUACUUGGAAUGAGAUUUUGUUUGAAAUGAUUAAGAGAGAGUUUGAAGGUGGUAAUGCAUCAUGAGAUAUUUAUACCUGUCUGAGGACUAAGACUAGUCCAUUCUUUUCUUUUUGAAUCUUCUUAGAAGUAUAUUAUAUAGAGAAAUUUAUCCCUUUUUUUUAAUAUAAAGUUUAGGAUGAUGAGCAUCUAGCUUAUACCCAUGUCUGUUCAUGAGUAAUGUUGUAUGUUCCACAUUAGUUCAUAUAUCUUUCUUUCUUGUAAUUUUUUACAAAUUCUGUUCUAUUCCCACUUAGUUGCUGUGUUCAUUAUCUAUUUAA